AUGUCAAGACAGGUAGACCACGGAGAGCGCGUCCAACAUCCAUAUCAGAACCCACCAGCCUUACUGGAUAAUCUGCUGCCCGCGCCAGAAGAGGAUGAGAAUCGAAGGGAUUUUCCAUUCGAGGUUACUUUUGAAGACGUUGAGCAUGCUCUCUGGACAGCAGAACAAUUCGAAGAUCCGUCCUUGGUGUUCAAAGAAUACCAAUAUCUGACAGAGAAUGGAUUUGAGCGACUCGGUAAUGCUACUCUGAGCCAGAAACGACGGCUUGCUCAACAAUGGCUAUUGUACGGCCUCCUCUCCUCAACAGUCGGUAUCACCAAAAGAGAAGACAUCAUAGACUGCUACAAUCACCUUGGGGGAUGCGGAUUCCGAAGAAAGCUCCAGCUUUGGUGCAACAAGCUACAGGAUGUGAAGGUUAUUGAAAACAGGCUCAAAUUCGCCGCAGUACGAAUUGACGAACUGGAUUCGCGAGCAUCAACGACAGAAAACGCGACCAUGGAAGACGAGACAUUGGCAGCGCUUUUACUGUGUGUUAAGCUGGUGAUGGAAUAUAUCGCUUCGGUUGUAGCGGCUCGUCAAAUCACGCCCCCCAGAGCCGGUCUCCUCAGCCGUCGCUACGAACCUUGGUUCUCCAAGAGCCUCAGACUUGCAGACAACGUGCGCCACGCAUGGCCAAAUGCGGAUGAUGAGAGACAGGUGAAACUUUUUCACGUGCUUUCCCCGGGAAGCUCAAUGCCGUGUAGCUUGACCGGAGAGCUUCUUCAGACGUGGUUCAAUCAGAACGGAUGGUGUCCUGUUAUCGUAAAGCAAAUUCUGCGGAAAUAUGAUUAUUCGAUCGCGUAUUACCUUUGCCGAAUUCGAACUCAACAGCCCGGAAUUGACCACGCAAGAUGCAUGUCUGCCUUAAGGUGUGAGGCAUAUGAUCUCGGUACCGAGGAACAAAUAUUUUAUGAGCCAGCCCAUGCACCAGAAUGCCCGAACCAAACGGACGAUUUGGUUCCAGUCCAGUAUCAAGAUUUCCAUAAAAAGCUCUGCGACAUGGUCACGGAGAGCAAAAUACCGAUUUGUUACAUUGAUCCCUCAGCCGAAGACGAGGAUUUCAACAUCGGUAUUGAACCGUACACUGGCCGACAAAACUUCACCGCAAUCUCACAUGUUUGGAGUGAUGGAAUGGGUAACCGAAACAAAAAUCAAAUACGGAGAUGUCAGCUAAGACGCAUUAAAGAGGAGCUGCAAAAACUGGAGGACGAGAAGGAAAAGGCGUUAUCUCCAGUGGAGAAGAUAUUCUCUCUGGGAGUUUCCAAAACCCCUCGCGGCCAUCGAAGACUGUAUUUCUGGCUCGAUACUCUCUGCAUCCCCAGAAAAGUCCGCAGGAACGACAAUAAGAACGACGACCUGCGCGAAUAUGCAAUGAGACAUAUUACCCCGAUAUUUCAAGCCGCUGAUCAAGUCCUUGUCAUUGACCGUGGAAUCGAACAGCAGACCAAGCUCACCGAAGAUCUACUAUCGGCGCGUAUACUAUCUUCAAAAUGGGCUCAACGUGCUUGGACGUUUCAGGAGGGUGCCUCAGUUAGGAAUGUCCGUUUCAAGAUAAAUGGACAAAACCCUGCAGUCCUGCAAGAAUUGACGUCAGCACAAAAGCCCCUCUGGUUUUUCGGACGCGCUUUUGACCGGCAACUGACAAAAUUGACGGCGCAAGGUCAGCUAGGGAUCUUUUUGGAGCUGGUAUCAUGUGCCAAGCGUAUACUCAUGGGAGAAAAGCUGCCGGUUUCGCCGAAAAGCGCGUUUUGGGUACCCCUCAAAACCAUUCACGCGUCCACGUUGAACGACAUUCGAAAGAUAGGGACACGCGCAGGGAGACGAAACAGCGACAAGACUGAAUACGGGGGUUCGAAGUCGGACAUUUUGAUUCACGUCCACAACGUCCUCAUCCACAGGAGUGCCACGCGCCGUGAGGAUCCUCUGUAUAUCACCGCAAAUAUGCUCAACUUCGAUGCAAGUGGCUUCUCCAGAGCCAACGUGGAAGUACACGGAUUGCCUGCAAUUCUCAGAAGAUGUGGGAAGCUUCCACUGUCCUUGCUCUUCAACUCAAAACUGUCCAUCUACAGGGAUGUGAGCUUCAUUGAGAUGAAUCCUGAACAUUCAUGGAUCCCUUCACGAAUUGAGGGCGACGAGCUGUUUCCGGGAGCUACCAUGGAUGUAUUGGAAAAUGGGUGGCUCUCCUUGAAUAUCGAAGGAGUACCAAGAGUGCAAGUCUUGAAGGUCGAACAGGUAAUACCAUACGGACGGUUCCAAUAUCCACACAUUCAAACUCUAGAAGUCAGCGGAAAUAGCGAGAAAGCGAUGGGCGUAUAUGUCGUUGAGCACCAUUUGCCUCAUCAUCGUCUCAGUCCUGAGCGCCGGGUGGAGGAUAGCGUUGAAUAUGGGGUCGAAGUGUCGCAUGAUGAACGUAUUGAGUAUUAUACCCGGGCGGAACGCCAACUUCAGGACCAAAAAGCCACAUUAUAUCUGAUCGACAAGUCGACGGGAUCUGCUGGACUCGGCGGUUACACUGGCCGCGGAGCACGGCUGGGUUUGAUUGAGAAAUCAACGGGCAGACAAUACGUACAAUUUGUCUGCCCUAUCACUGCGUGGACAAUAAGGCAAUGGAACACUGCUCAUUCAAUUCCACAGUCGGUCAAUGAGAGCUGCAGAGUUGGAGGAUCUGCGAUUGAAGCCCGCGAUAUAGGGCAUGAGAGACCAAAGUUCCAUCUCCGAUGUGGUGGACUUAAUGGCCCGAAGCUUGAAACAAGAAAUGUAUUCACUCCAACCUUUCGACAUCCCGGUUCCAUGGCCAUGAUCAUAGCGACUGGCACGAUGACCAUUGUAGUAACCAUUGUAGUCGUGUCUACAAUAGGGGCUUGCUUCAACAAUUGUAACGCAAUGGUCAUCCCCAUCGGCAUCGCCAUGGGCGGCUGGUUCAUUGGGAGCAACAUCCUCUUUGUGGCCAUCACGUAUGGCUACAGUCGGUAUCGCCUCAGGUUGGUUCGGAAAUGGCUAGAAGGAUAUGGCGUUUCGUUGAAGCCCAAGAUGGAAAAGGAAAGUUGA